CCUGCAUUGUCGUCUGCUAGCUACCAUAAACAAUUAUACGAGGUUGUGAAGGUAUAAUUUGAACUAUCUUUGGAUUAAACUCUAAGUGAAAAAGUGUUGCCCAAACCAUAUUUCUUAAGACACAAGGUAUUUUAUUGAACAAAAUGCCGAAAAGAAAACACGGAGAGCUAGAAGAAGAUUCUCUAGAAACGGGAAAUGUUGACCAAGGUGAUUUUUCUGACGGAGAUGACAGCGGUGACGAGAACGAUGCCGAAAACGUUGACAAAUACGAAAUGAUGAAGGAGGAUGACAUAGAAGGACAAGAGGACCCCACACAAGAAUUUGAUGGAGAAGUUCAAAUCACACCAUUUAACAUGAAGGAAGAAAUGGAAGAAGGACACUUUGAUAAAGAAGGCACUUAUAUUUUUGGCAAGCGAGAGAAAGAUGAAGUGAAAGACCACUGGUUAGACAAUAUUGAUUGGGUAAAAGUGAAUUCUCAAUCAGCUUCCAACAAAAUCCCAUCAGAUGAAGAGAGCAUGGACACAAAUGAUUACUUGAAGAAGUUUGAUCCUAUUCCUGCAUACAAAGAAAUGCUUACCAUUCUUUUACCUGGUGAAACUGUGAUCAAGGCUUUAAAACGACUGGGAGGUGGUAAAGUUCAGACAGCAUCCGAGCGAUGGAAAAAGAAGAAAAAACAACCAGAUGAAGAAGACAACAAAGAAAGUGCAUUAAAAAAGGAAUCUAUAGCAAAAUUAACUGAGCUUGCUAAUAUGAUCCUUUCCGAAAUGGGGAAUAUGGAUAUUUAUCAAGAAACAUUUGAAGGAAUACAUUACAAAUUAAAAAAAAUAGAAGAGUCUGCAUCGAAACCGAAUAACGAUCUCGAUAUGUUUGGAGACAUGUUUGACGAGAAGAAUAAAGAAAGCGAUGAUUCUGACAAACAUAAAUCAGCUGAGGGGGAACCUAUAACUAAGAAGGUUCGAUUCGAUGAAGGCGAAAGUCAAGCUACAAUCAACGAAGUACAAACCUCAGAAACCGUACAGUGGGAAUUUAAGUGGAAACAAGAGGAUGACUCUGAAGUACAUGGACCACAUAGUACAGCCGAGAUGCUUGAUUGGGUAAACCAGGGAUACUUUGAAUCGGGUGUAUGGGUACGCCGUGUUGGGCAACAAGGAGAUUUCUAUACUUCGCGACGAAUCGAUUUUGAUCUGUAUCUUUGAUCCACCUAAUAAAUUUCCUUCAGUUGUA